AACAAUCAUUCUCCGCCUUGACAGCUCGCUUCCUGAGCUCUCUUCUGCGCGACAACUCUACAUUAGCUACUGCACACGCGUUUCGCCACACCAACUUGCAGUGCUGAGCGAGCCGCAAUAGCUUCUGCACCAUCCAAUCCUUGGGUACCACAGCUCUGCGUGUGCCCCACCAUUCGACUACACGCACCCUUUGUUGUCGCGACAUUCCCCAACUGCGUCCAACCACGCCAUCUCCUGGUUUGAUCAGCAUUCUCGCACGAGGAGCUAGAACGAAGAGCACUUCCACUGUGCUUGACCAUGAUAGACGCGUACCUGUUGACAUUCAACUGUGCGAGGCACCUUGUGAACCCGGAGACUCUUGCGCCGGCGUUGUUUGAUGGGCUCCCAAAAGCUGCCGCCGUCCCCGAGGUGCUUGCUCUCAGCCUUCAAGAAGUCGCGCCCAUCGCCUAUAGCUUCCUAGGAGGCUCGUACCUCAAGCCCUACUUCGACCGCAUCACCACGACUGUCCACCUUGCUGCCGAUCUCCACAGCCAUGGCAGCGAACGACUCGAGCAUGUGGCUACUCGAAGCCUGGGCUUGACCGCCCUCAUGAUAUUUGCGAAGCCUGGGUUCAUGGAAAGGAUACAAUACAUACAAGCGGCGGGUACAGGUGUUGGAGUCUGGAAUAUGGGCAACAAAGGUGCUGUUGCCAUGCGCAUCGGCGUGUCAAAACCGGGGUCUGAUGAGAUGCUCAAUGUAAGCUUCGUUGCAGCUCAUCUGACUCCUCAUGAGAAGGAAGUAGCCGCAAGAAACAAGAACUGGGAGGAUAUUGUGCGUAACACUGUGUUUGCAACUGACAAUGAUUCUGCAUACAGUUACUGCGACGAAGCUCCUCUGUGGGCAUCGGGAGAAGCCCCUUCAGGCAGAACCGGUCUGUUCCAUCCUGACAGUCACCUUUUCGUUGCCGGCGACCUCAACUAUAGAACCAGUAACGAAGGGCCCGGUCCCGGUGCCCACGAGACGUUUCCUCAGCCAGCCGCAUCCGAUGCAUUACCAGAGCAGUUCUCGCACCUGCUGAUGACAGAUCAGCUGAAUCGAGAGAGAAAGGCGAACCGCACGCUUCAUGGCUUGGAAGAACUCCCUAUCAAAUUCCCACCAACAUACAAGUACUCGCUACGAAAGGACAAGAGCGAGAAUCUAAUGAAGCCCGAGGAUCGGUGGCAGUGGGCCAGCCAUCGAUACCCAUCGUGGUGUGACAGAAUACUAUAUCUACCCUGCCCAACAUCUCCAUCGAAGCUUGACCCGCAAAUCUACACGGCAUUGCCGAUUCAAGCGACCUCCGAUCACCGUCCUGUCGCGUUGUAUGUACGCAUUGAUGAUAACGCCUUGCCUGCAGAUGCGGGGGACAUCCGCUCGAACCCACCUUUUCCCAUAAAUGCUGAGUGGAAAGCCAGGAAUGAUGCUGCGAGGCGGUAUGAGAUCGUCGUGGGCGUCAUGUCCUAUCUCGUACUGACGAACAAGGGCAAAGCUAUGAUAGUGGUUUUGGUGGGCGCUGUGUUGGCGACGCUCUACCUGACCAGUUGGCUUCGAAGGUAGACUUAUGAGGCUGUCAAGUGCUUCUCAUACAGGGCGGACGGUCCAAUUAGGUGCUUCAAACCCCAGCUUUAAAUCGAUCCACUGUGUCGAUAUGGGGGGGAAGAUUUUGUGAUCACUACAGUCUCGACCGCGAUGCUACACUGCGGCAUGUCGUCGGCAAAUUCUAGACAUGUGCUACGACCACUUCGAGGCGAGAAUUCUUCGCGAAUGUGCCGUCCCCUGCUGGUCGCGUGCGAAGAACGCUUUUCCAGGAUAGAGAGAC